UGACUCCAUUUUGAUGAAUUUUAAUACACUCCAUAGGAAUCCAACUGUAGAUAGAGACUCCUAUCUUCUCUUCAAAGAAAAGUCUCUCUCUAUCUCUCUCCAUGAAAUACCAGCUUUAUUUAUGGACUUAAAAAAAUGAGAAUACAGCUGAGAAUCAAUCUCACCCUUGUCUCUCCUACAGAUCUCAGCCUUUGGAUUAGAUCAGGUCCAAGUUAACAACCCCUGUAGAGUGAAUUUGCUUACCUUAUUCCACUAUCAUUAAUUAUGAUCACAUUCUUGAAAAGUAAAGUUGCAGUCUUGAAAUGGCUUCACCAAAAUGCCCUCCAUGGUCCCCCAUAAUACCCUUCAUUUGAUGGCCGUUCAUGGUUUCAUUUCAUAUGUAAAAAGGGUGUUUUGGUAUUUUUAGAAGUAUUUGGGCGAUGGUUCCUUAAUUGGACGGCCUGGUAUUACCUGUAAAAUAAAUUCUCUCACUUUCAUAAGCAAUUAUUGUGGUUUAAAUACCUCUGUGCUUUUUAAAAUUUUUGAAAUUUGUUUUUAAACUUCAUAUGCAUGGAAUGAUCAUAGCUUUGUACAGGACUUGUGGGGCAUAUUUAGCUCUUUCUGCCUCAGCCAUCAAUUUGACCCACCCAUACAGAAAUCAUGGUAGAAGAUGGCGGAGAUGAGUUUUUGGCUGAUAACCAAUCAGCAGAUAAGUUGUUAGCUCGUGCGCAAGAGCUCGUUCCAGUGGCUCUUGAUAAUUCCAGGGAGGUUAAGGGGUUCCUGGGUAGAUGGAAGAUGAUAAUUUCGAAGUUGGAGCAGAUCCCAUCAUGCUUGUCAGACUUGUCGAGCCAUCCUUGCUUCUCGAAGAACACACUCUGUAAGGAGCAAUUGCAGGCAGUAUUGAGGACUUUGAAAGAAACAAUUGAAUUGGCGGAGCUAUGCAUUAAGGAGAAAUAUGAAGGGAAGCUUCGGAUGCAGAGUGAUCUUGAUGGAUUGAUUGGGAAAUUGGAUUUGAAUUUGCGGGACUGUGGGCUCUUGGUGAAGACUGGGGUGCUCGGUGAGGCUAUGAUACCUUUAACUGUGGCUGGUUCAUCAGCAGAACCAGAGGCUGGCACUCAUUCCAAUAUAAGGGAGUUUCUUGCCCGCCUUCAGAUCGGGCACUUGGAGGCCAAGCAUAAAGCUCUUGACAGCCUUGUUGAAGUAAUGAAAGAGGAUGAGAAGAAUGUGUUGGCUGUUCUGGGACGGAGCAACAUCGCUGCUUUGGUUCAAUUACUCACUGCAACUUCCCCUCGAAUCCGGGAGAAGACAGUUACUGUCAUAUGCUCACUUGCAGAAUCAGGGAGUUGUGAGAAUUGGCUUGUUUCGGAAGGUGUUCUUCCACCUCUGAUAAGGCUUGUUGAGUCUGGUAGUGCUGUUGGUAAAGAGAAGGCCACAAUUUCGCUCCAGAGAUUAUCAAUGUCAGCUGAAACAGCCCGUUCAAUUGUUGGGCAUGGUGGGGUUCGCCCGCUGAUUGAGAUCUGUCAAACCAGUGAUUCUGUCUCACAAGCUGCAGCUGCUAGCACCUUGAAGAAUUUAUCGGUUGUCCCAGAGGUUCGACAAACCCUCGCUGAAGAAGGGAUUAUAAAGGUUAUGAUCAAUCUCCUUGAUUGUGGAAUAUUAUUAGGAUCUAAAGAAUAUGCUGCAGAAUGCUUGCAGAACCUCACUGCAAGCAAUGAAAACCUUCGAAGGUCCGUUAUUACUGAGGGUGGAGUUCGGAGCCUGUUGGCUUACCUAGACGGUCCCUUGCCCCAAGAAUCUGCAGUUGGGGCAUUAAGGAAUUUGGUGGGCUCAGUUUCUAUGGAAGUUUUGGUUUCUCUUGGUUUCCUUCCCCGUUUGGUUCAUGUACUUAAAUCUGGAUCCUUGGGCGCACAGCAAGCUGCUGCAUCAGCCAUCUGUCGGGUUUGCAGCUCAACAGAAAUGAAGAAACUGGUAGGUGAAGCCGGGUGCAUUCCUCUGCUUGUGAAGAUGCUGGAGGCCAAGACAAACAGUGUAAGAGAGGUCGCUUCACAAGCACUUUCAAGCCUGGUGGCCAUUUCACAGAAUUGCAAAGAAGUUAAGAGGGGUGAUAAAAGUGUGCCAAAUUUGGUCCAGUUGCUUGACCCAAGUCCACAAAACACUGCAAAAAAGUAUGCCGUUUCCUGCCUCGCAGCUCUCUCUUCAAGUAAGAAAUGUAAGAAGCUCAUGAUCUCAUAUGGAGCAAUUGGGUAUCUCAAGAAGCUUAAUGAGAUGGACAUUCCUGGUGCCAAGAAGCUACUUGAGCGAUUGGAAAGGGGGAAACUGAGAAGUUUGUUCACCAGAAAAUAGAGAGAGAUGCAAAUGUGUUGUAUAAUGAAGUAUUUUUUUCCCCUCCUAUGAUCAAUGUUUCAUUGUCUGUAUGAAACAAAGUAAUUAAUGAUUUGAUAUGGAGUAUGCGUAAGCUUGCUAAUCUAUGAAAUCGAUGUCUUGUCAUUUCUAAUAUAUGUAUAUAUUCUCCA